AUGCCAAGCGACAAUCAGCUGAGUGCUUUCUUGGCGGCAUGUGGAUCGAGGUUCGCAAGACAAACUGCGAAAGGGAAGAAAUUCACCGAAGAGGGUUAUGUGCGCAACAUCAUGUUUAAUAACUUGUGUUCCACAUCCCCGUAUGAACUUCUCCGAAGUAUAUGCCUACCGUCAAUGAAAGGCGGCUACUACAUCGUACAUGCGGUCAUAGAGAAAGGAACGGGCGACAUACUGGCAGGCCACUGUCUCUGCCCAGCCGGCCUCAGUGGAAGCUGCCAGCACGUUGUUGGCCUGCUGCUCACAGCUUGCAACCUGGCACCACAAGGAGAAGACACAACAUGUACGGAUGUCCCCUGUGCAUGGAUUGUGCCCCCUCAAGCCAAAAAGCAAGAACCAAGCUUGCCGCUUUCGGAAAUUUUGUUUGAGAGCAGCAGGAACAGGAAGAGAGUUUAUGAUCCCACACCUGGACUGUUGCCAGCUGACCCUGCCAACUUCAUCAGCAACUUGCAAGAAAUAUCUCCGAGCUGCCUUCUACUCCGCUAUGCAAAGAAGCCCAGGGCGGCAGAAGAAAGCACAACAGAGACCAUCGCUGCAAAAGUAAUAAAUGAUGGAUGCUGCAACCAGCCAUAUAUAGCCGACAGUGAAGAUUUGCUGAGCAUGACAAACUCGAGAAUUAUUCAAGAGAGAUUUGAUGCAAUUCAGCCCCUGAGCCUCGACGACAGGGCAGUCAUUUUAGAAAGCACAAUGGGCCAGGCAGAGAACAAGAAGUGGCAUCAGGAACGUAUUGGACGGCUCACGGCAUCAGUGUUUAAGAAGUUGCUGCGGUGCAGAAAGCCUGAUGGUGCCGUAAGGGACGUAAUGUAUCCUCGCCAAGUGAGCACCGAAGCCAUGCGUUAUGGCAGGAUUCAUGAGGACGAUGCCGUUAAAGCAUACGAAGAAAUAAUGGCAUGCAGGGACAGAUAUUUAACUACUGCAUAUACUGGGUUGCAUGUUCAUCCCCAGCACCCAUUUAUUGCUGCCUCCCCCGACAGACUUGUCUUUGAAGGGAGUGACACUGGUCUUUUGGAGGUGAAGUGCCCAUUCUCCUUCAAAGGCAAGGGUGUCGUCGAAGCAGCAGCUUCUGCAAAGUGCUGUUUGAAAAUAUCUGGUGACAAUAUAGAAUUGAAAAAAGAUCAUGCAUAUUAUUAUCAGAUACAAGGUAUGAUGGGUGUCACAGGUUUGAAGUGGUGUGAUUUUGUAGUAUGGACAAAUGCUGGAAGUGUAGCAGCCUCAACACAUGUGGAGAGGACUCCCUUUGAUGAAGUUCUUUGGUGUACAGAAAUUCUGCCUGGGUUGCUGCAUUUCUUCAAACAUUGCAUAGUGCCAGAGCUGCUCACUCGCAGAGUAAGCAGAGGACUCCCUCUUUACAAUGAAAAAAAUAUAUUGGAUACAAAAAGAACACUGCAUAAUGCAUCAUUUGACUGCGUUAAGAGGACAAGGUCUUCAAUAUAAAGUGCAAUAAAUGCUGGCAUUCUGUACCGAAAAAGAGUUAUGUUUUUCUCUGCUGGAGUAUGCGGCUUAUAAAAAUUAUGUUUACAGAAAUUUGGUGCCCUGAAAUGAGGGCAAGUACGGCAUUUUGCAGUUAGUGUACCAGUGUGCAUAAUAGCGUUUCAUCAUGCUAAGUUAUAAUAGAUGUCUUAAAAACCAAUUUUCUCUUCGGAACUUGCGAAAAGUAGGGGGUAGCACUUUUAGUCCAAGAAAUACGGUAGUUGAACAACCUUCUACAGAUUACAGCACAUGUAAACUGUAGUACUGGACAGUACACGCUACUGCACGAA